GGCGAGUAGAGGGGAAUCCUCGUACUUUCUAAUACAUAAUGUAGCUUAUAUUCGAAAAUUAACGUUAAAUUUUACAGAGACCUAGAUUUAUUUGUUUAUUUAUCUGGUUGUCCAGGCUUCUAAUGCGAUCAACUGGUAGUUUGUGCUAUGGUUGGCAGGAUAUCUUUUCGUUGGCUUGCCUUACCUUCGUUCAUCAGAGGCCACUUCUUUCACAGCACACACCAAGUCAUUGACAACCAAACUGGCAUCAUAACACGCUCAAGCUUUCUUGGAACUCACUCUGGUCAUUUCAAAGUCCUAAUCCUUGUCCUAAUUGCUAUUAUAUUUCUUGUAUCACUGUAUUUCACAAUGGAUUUCAAAAAACAGCGCAUACAUAGAAGAAUGAACUUAGGAGCACCAGCUGAACAUAAUUUAGUUUCAGAAUAUCACUACGGGGUGGUUAUUGACUGUGGAAGUAGUGGUUCUAGGGUUUAUUUAUAUUAUUGGCCACCACAUAAUGGUAAUAGAGAUGAACUUUUGAGAAUUAAACAAUUAAGAAAUCAAAGAGGGACUCCUGUGAGGAUGAAAAUUAAUCCAGGGAUUUCCACAUACUCAACAAACCCCAGCAAUGCGUCAGAAUACCUAAAACCAUUAUUAGACUUUGCUGUUGAACACAUUCCUAAAUCCAAACAUAAAGAAACUCCUUUAUACAUAUUAGCAACAGCCGGCAUGAGGCUCUUAUCCAAAGACAAGCAGGAUGCCAUAUUAAAUGACUUACGAAGUGAUAUAUCAAAACAGUAUAGUUUUCACUUUACUCCAACUCAUGCUGAAAUUAUUACUGGGAAACAGGAAGGGGUCUAUUCUUGGAUUGGAGUUAAUUAUGUUCUUGGAAGAUUUGACCAUUCCUUGCAAGAAAAUCCCAACCCCUUGAGCACCGAGAAACCCACAGAGAGUCCCCGCAAGAAAACUGUUGGUGCUUUGGACAUGGGGGGAGCAUCAGCACAGAUAGCUUUUGAAGUCCCAAAGUCGACCUUUGUUCCCAAAGACCUUCUGUCAGACGUCAAUCUUGGCUGUGAUUCACAUGAAACCAUUCACAACUAUCGUGUAUACGUUGCGACUUUUCUGGGUUUUGGUAGCAACGCCGCGCAUCAUAGAUAUAUUGAAUAUGUCCUGAAGAAUAAAACACUUACGUACGACAAGAGUUCCGAUGCUUUAUUGGAUCCAUGUCUACCCUUAGAAUAUCAUGAAAAAGGUUCAUAUAAGGGACAGGCUUACCAUAUGAUAGGAACAGGAGAUUAUAUCCAAUGUAAAAACAACAUUCAGCCGUUAUUGAACGCUUCAGUGUAUUGUAAAAGUAAACCGUGCUCCUUCAAUGGCGUCUAUCAACCUUCUAUUGGCAAGAAUGAUGAACAAUUUUAUGGUUUCUCUGAGUACUGGUAUUCUAUGCACGAUGUUUUGAGAAUUGGGGGACAAUAUGAUGCUGUAAAGAUGGCCAAGGCAGCGAAGGGUUUCUGCAGUACACGAUGGAAUGUGCUCAGAAGACGACAUACUCAAGGACUGUAUCCAUUUGCCGACAACCAUCGUUUAAAAUACCAGUGUUUCAAGUCCGCUUGGAUGACAACAAUGUUACAUGAAGGAUUUAAGUUUCCCGCCAGUUAUCAUGGGCUGAAAUCAGCUCAGUUUAUAGAAAAUAAAGAGGUUCAGUGGACUUUGGGAGCCAUCCUGUAUUUAACACGUUUUCUGCCAUUACGUGAAAUCCAACAUAAUCACCUCCACUCGCAGUACGCAAGCAGCAAGAGUUCAUAUCAUUUCUUAAUGAGUUACGUUAGCGAAAUGGAAUUCCGUGUCGUGUUCGUGAUUUGCAGUGUAGUCGUUUUCGCCGCCAUUGUUCUAUUUUUCCGUCGAUUGCGACGAAUGCAUCGAUCGUCGACUUAUCUAUCACUGUGGACUCAAAGCCCUAAGUCAGCGGUCUACAGUAUGGAACUUAUUCCUAACGAAGAACAAAUACCUGUUUGACAACCCUACUAGAGAAUGCUAAAUUUUUACGACCCGUAAAUGCUAAUUUUAAUUAAAUAAAUAUAAAUAAAAUCAAGAUCUAUAUAUU